AUGGAGUUCAACUUCAACACUAUGGUAAAGCACGUCGAUCACGAAAAACAUCUCAGCAAAACCGAGCUCCUGAGGCUGGCUCUCCACCGAAGUAGGAAGAGGCUUGGCGACGGCGAGUAUUUAGCAUAUCUCUUCAUCGGCACUCCGGCGGUACCUAUCCCGGUCAUAAUCGACACGGGCAGCGACCUAACGUGGACCCAAUGCGCACUUUGCGAUAACUGUUCCGUACAGCCGACUCCCUUAUUUGACCCUGCGAAAUCCACCUCGUACGUAGCCUUAAAAUGCCCAAAUAAGAAGUGCAAAUUGUACAAGUCUGAUGGCUGCAAUAAACGUCUGCCUGGCACCACGUGCGCGUACAACCGCACGUACGGAGAUGGCAGUAGAAGCCGAGGCGACCUGGCCACCGAAACCUUCUGGUUCGAGGGCGUCCCGGUACCCGGAGUCCUAUUCGGCUGCGCAUUUCACAGUUACGGUAGUGUAGUGGGUGGAGGCACGGGGAUCUUGGGCCUGGGCCGAUGGGAUGAUAGCAUCGUCUCCCAACACGACGUGCACGCGUUCUCCUACUGUCUGUCCACGUUCGACUCCAAUGGGACCGGCCGUCUCUUUAUGGGUUAUGGGGCCCGCGCGCCCCCGGGCGCAGCCACCACGCGACUUCUCAGGUACCCAGGCGCUCUCAACAGCGGCUUUUACUAUCUCCGUCUCCAGGGUAUCACCAUCAAUGGGGUCCUCAUCCCCAUCAACUCCUCCUCCUCGUUCAAAGGGAGAAAGGACGGGUCGAUGGAAACGAUAUCGAUCGAGUGGCGAAAUUUGAUAUGUAUUGUUUAA